AUGUCCGGACGCGGCGGCGGACACAACCCACGAGGUGGACGUGGUGGAAGAGGUGGCAGAGGUGGAGAUCGCGGUCGUGGACGUGGUGGUUCUACCCAAGGCAGGCACGAUCGCAACACAAAGGAUUCCAAGCCCGCGAGGGCUAAAGAGACGGAUGAGCAGAGAGCGGCACGAAAGUCAUACAGCUCAUGGAAGCGUCGCCUUGGUGAGUCGGAAACUGAUCCAACGACCAUGCGACGCCUCUGGGAGGGUGCUUUCGGCAUACUCGAAGCUAGUGACCGAGACUGGCGACAGCAGCUCCCCCAGGACCUUAACGAUGAUUCGGACGAUGAGAGUGGUCAUCGUCACGUCCUCGCCAUUCUGAACUCAAAGGUUGUCGGCUCGGACUACGACACCUUCCUCAGCAACGCCCGCCAUUUCCUACUUACGCUUACGCAUUCCUCACUCCUUCGAUGUCUCGCGGUCGACACCCACGUCGGUUCCAUCUACAACCUCUUUGGCGGUGUCGGUGGACGCACUGCAGUCUCAUAUCUCCAGCGGGUUUGUAAGGCUCUGGUGGCAGCUCGAACAUCCUCGAUAUCUGCCAAGGACCACGAAGCGACGCUUCAUGCGAUGGCGACGGCUCUCUUCGAGCUAUUGAGACGUGAGCGCAGAGCUCGGUUCAACGAUGAGAUCACACCGCUGGUGGACUCCAUCCAGGCUGUGAGCGACCUCUACAAGGCCUUAGUAUCGCCAGAUACCUCAACACGGACAAGCAUUCGUCUCAAUGAUAUUCGAGCCCUGGUAGCUAGAGCUCACGGUCUCCUCGCCGAACCCACUGGUGAAAAUGGGGUUGGAGACGACAACGAUGUUGACGGCCCCGCGUCGUUCUACCCGAGAGACCUCGUAGUGCCCUCAGACCGGUUUGACAACGACAAAAAGGACAUUGGCGACGUGGUAAUCUUCCCGACCCGAGAUGAGAUCAUGAGCGAUGCGAAGGAGUUCCUACCCUAUACCGAUCCUGACCAACCACACUUCCUUGAGGAUCGUGUGCAACGCCACAUCGAUACCUACUUCCGCCUCCUGCGCCACGAUAUCUUUGGUGAGCUGAAGGGGUCAUUGGCUGGAAUCAUGCACGCGGUAUCUCAAGACUCCAACUUGCUGCUCCACCCCAAUCUCAACCUAGGCGAUAUACGCGCCAAUCAGUACACCAGCGCUCGCGUCAGCUACGUCACGCUCGACAAGCGAAUGGGGUUGCAAGCUCAAAUGGAAUUUUUGCAGCCUGCGAUAGUCCGCAAGAAGAAUGUUAGCCAAAAGGUGAAUUGGUGGGAGGAUUCAAGGCGAUUCGACGAAGGGUCGCUUUUGUCCUUCAUAUGGAUCCAGGACAAUGUCGUUCAACACAUCUUCCUUACUGUCUCAAAUAAGGACACUGAUCCAACAAAGGAGUACAGCUUGACACACCACAAUCAAUUGGCCUACAUGACGGCUAGCCUGGUAACACAAGAUCGAGCGACGGUAAAGAUGCUAAUGCAGGCCAACAUCGGAGUAGCCCGCGGUAUCCUAUUGGAGUUUCCCAAAGUCAUGCCCGCAACCUUUUCGCCCACUUUGGAGAGUCUACAAGCCAUGCAGCGACUCAAUCGUCUACCGUUUCGGCAGUGGAUCGUCCCGGACAAACACAGUGGCCUCCCGUCAGCACGCAAGAUGCACGAAAUUCCUCCACCUCUGUACGCGCGCGCGCCUGGCUUCAAAUUCCCCGUUACCUCUCUCUUGAAGGAUGGAAAUAAAGAAGACUCGUUCUUCAUCGAACCGACAGCAUCAUGUGACGAUCAGGCGUUACUCGACAAGCUGGAAGCCAAGACAGAACUUGAUCGUGGUCAGUGUCGCGCGCUCAUCGCUGCGCUAACUCGGGAGUUUGCCUUCAUCCAGGGGCCCCCAGGGACAGGAAAGAGUUUUCUGGGCCUUCAAAUCAUGAGGAUACUGCUGGAAAUCAAGAAGAAAAGCAAUCUCGGACCUAUACUAAUCGUUUGCUAUACGAACCACGCCUUGGACCAGUUUCUCGAACACCUAAUCGACAUUGGCGUCCACAAGCUCAUCCGUGUCGGCGGUAUGAGCAAGUCCAAGAAGCUUCUUAACCAUAAUCUGCGCACCGUUGGCGAAUCGGAGACGAAGACCAAGUCCGAGAAGUAUAUGGCGGCGAUGAACUACAAGGAUCUGGAUCAGAAUGAGAAGGAGGCCAAGAUGCUCUUUGGUGGUCUUCAUGGCUUGUCGAAACGUCCGGACUGGCACAAGCUUAAAGGUUUUAUUCAAGAGGAACAUCCGAAGAUCUACAAUCAGUUCCGUUCCGUCGAUGACGAGGGCUUCAAGACAGCUGGCCGCCAUCCAUUCGAUGUAUGGAUCGCCGGUACUGAGGCCUAUGGCCAAUCUACAUUACCUCAGGGCGCGUUACAGCAAAUAAUUCGCCAGGCGACUACAAACGUGUUUUCGUUGUCAUUCCUUGAAAGGAGUGCGCUUGUCGCCUCCUGGGUCUCACAAGCUCAAGGAAACAAGGUCAGCGAGCUUUUCGAAAUCGUCAAUGGUGCUGCCAAGACCCAACGCCAACUGAGCAAUAUCCAUGAAGAGCGGAACCGACGACUGCUAGAAGAGGCUGACGUCAUUGGGGUCACCACAUCUGGCUUGGCGAAGCGUAUCUCGGUCCUCCAGCAAGUGAAGUGUAAAGUCAUCAUCUGUGAGGAGGCUGGAGAGGUCAUGGAGAGCCACAUGAUCUCCGCGAUGCUUCCCGAUAUCGAACAUCUGAUCCAGAUUGGUGAUCACGAGCAGCUUCGACCCUCAGUCAGCAACUUCCGCGACUUGUCGCUUGAGAGCGAGCGAGGAAAGCUUCAUGCACUGGAUCGGAGUCAGUUCGAGCGACUCUCAAUUGGUGAGCCCGGGCGGCCUCUGAUGCCCGUUGCUCAACUGAACGUACAGCGUCGAAUGCGCCCGCAAAUCUCUUCGCUGAUUCGCGAAACCAUCUACGAUAAGCUCAAGGACCAUCUGUCUACCAUGGAGCUGCCGGAUGUUGUUGGUAUGCGCCGCAAUGUCUUUUGGCUCGACCACACCAACUUCGAAAACGAGAAGGGUGCAGAUGCACACGAUACGAAGUCCAAGUCCAACUUGUGGGAAGUCAAGAUGGUGCAUGCUUUGGUCCGGCAUAUCGUUCGGCAGGGCGUCUACAAGCCUGAUGAUAUCGCAGUUCUGACCCCAUACACUGGCCAGCUUCAGAAGCUCCGCGGCGCUAUGAGUAGCGAUUUUGAGAUCUGCCUCAGUGAUCGCGAUCGAGAAGCGCUUGAGAGGGACGGUUUCGCAGUAGAAGAUGACGAUACAUCGAAGACCGCAAUAUCCGCCCACGAAAGCUAUCAAGGGAAGCCGCUGGAGAAGAAGCAAUUGUCGGAGUUACUGAGAGUCGCUACUGUCGACAACUUCCAAGGAGAAGAGGCCAAGAUCAUCAUUGUCUCUCUUCGUCGAGAUGUGGCAGAAGGUUAUCGGAAUGCUACGCGCGACCGAAUCAGUUGGGAAGACCCUGGCUUUGCGUUGCCCUCGGCACCCUGA